UGCCUGAGUCAUACAAAUUGGGGCGGCUCACAUAAGCUAAACAUACACGUUUAAUGCAGAUUUUGUUUGAAAUUGACUCCCAAAAUAGUAUUUGAUGAAAAAACCAGAAUAUGUUCUCAGUACUGAAAAGGGUAUCGUUAUUCAUAGCAUCAAACACAUCGUCGUCAUCACCAUCAUUUCCAAAUUCUCUCUCUAAACUCGUCAUGAAUUCAAAUACCAACUCUGACUCUUUCGGAGGAUCACAGCGACUUUUGGCCUUGGCUCGACAACUCUGUCUCUAUAAACCCCCUCCGACAUUCGAUGACACAGACAUCGAAGAGCAAAGAAUCGAAGAGAGUGAAGGGAAGGUUGUUUCCCAGGUGGGUUUUGCUGAAUCGGCAACACCAAUUGUUCACCAACCCGAAAGGUUCAGACCCAAGCGAGCCGCGGUUCUGAUCUGCCUCUUUGAAGGGGAUGAUGGUGAUCUUCGUGUCAUCCUCACUAAGCGCUCCUCAAGGCUCUCUACUCACUCUGGUGAAGUUUCAUUGCCAGGAGGGAAAGCAGAUGAGGGAGAUGCAGAUGAUGCUGAUACAGCAACAAGGGAAGCAAAGGAGGAGAUAGGAUUGGAGCCUUCCCUCGUGAAAGUUGUGACUGUUCUUGAACCAUUCUUGUCUAAGCAUCUCCUUAGAGUAAUUCCUGUGAUAGGCUUACUUCCUGAUAAGAAAACAUUCAAGCCUGUCCCAAAUGCUGCUGAAGUUGACGCAGUAUUUGAUGCUCCCUUGGAAAUGUUCAUCAAGGAUGAAAACAGGAGAUCUGAGGAGAGAGAGUGGAUGGGUAACAAGUUUCUGAUGCAUUUCUUUGACUAUGAAACGGAUAAUAAGAAGUAUUUGAUAUGGGGUCUUACUGCUGGGAUUUUGAUUAGGGCAGCAUCAGUGGUGUACCAAAGGCCACCAGUUUUCCUGGAGCAGAAUCACAAAUUCAAGGUUCCCAGUAUUGUGGAGGAAGAUACAUAAUGCCUUAAAUUUAAUGGGAACUUCAUUUGGUGAGUAUUCUGCCCUAUUCCCUCUGCAAUAAAACCCACUACAACCAGCACCUGUAGUUUCCAAGAUAUAUGAUCAAUGUAAAUUCAGGCACUCGGACCAUUUUAUGCAAUUUGUUGGGUGAUGCGAAGUGAAACCCUCUGCAUACUAUUUAGAAUGCAAUAAAUAUAUAUAUAUAUAUAUAUAUAUAUAGAGAGAGAGAGAGAGAGAGAGAGAGAGAGAGAGAGAGAGAUGGGUAGAGGCAACUGGAUUCGACUUUUGAGAAUAUCUUGGCUGCGAGUAAAUUGUUAGAGCAAACUUGUUGCUUCAUUUUUGAGGUUUUCGCAGAUUAGUCAUCUUCAGUGAGUUCAAAUUUGUAUUCUAUAUGGCUCUUGAUUGUUUGGUUGUUUUUGGAGGAUUCUUUCCCAAGAUCAGAAGCUUGAUUUUCAGUUGCACAUAAUUACGCUAAUAAUGAGAUUAUUUCAAUUCAUGACUUUUUACUCAUUUAAAGGAAUGAGGACACAAAUCCAUAGUUAGAGCUAUCUAACAAUUAUAUCUGCCUGAAGAAGCUUAAAGUUGUUUCUUUUCUUCUUAUUUAUUUAUUUCUUUCUUUCUUUCUUUCUUUUAUUUUUGGGGGUCAUAGUUAGCUUAAAGACUAUUACAGCGCGAAUAGCUCUUUUCCUGAUGAAAUGGAAACUUUUUGUUUUUUUUGUUUUUUUUUUUUCUCAUCUUUUAUUAUUGCUAUUUAUCUUUUUAAUGACAAUAAGUCUUUCCUCCAGGCAUAACUGAGAAAUAGAUCAAUUUUAGUUAUCUCUUGAACUUAUGCAUUUCCUGUUCUCAUGUUUCUCUUUCAUUUAUUUGUAGCACUAGGUCGCAUAUAGUAAAGAUGACAAAAGUUGGGAUCCAUAAGAAGCCUUUUGGAAAACUUAAAUAUUUACUAGAAAAAAAGAUAAUUUAUUUACCAAGACGUCUCAACAAAUUAGCAGAAAAUUGAUACCUUUCCGCCAUUGAGAAUUUGAAAUGAUACAAUAUCAAGACUACCAGAGUGCCCUUUUUUCCUCUCUUCACCUUGAGCUGGUGUUCGGAAGUUAAGAUUUAAAGCCAUCGAGACAAAGUUAGGCCGGCGACUAUGAAAGGGCCUUCAUAUUCAACUUGUAUUUCGGAAUUCAUUGUGGAUCUAUUCUUCCAUAGCUCCAAACUAGGUCCAAUUUCUCAUUUGGUUUGCCCCUUGUUUUGCCAUUUUUGGUACUCAGGAUCGUUGCAUCUUUCUGAUUGCAGCAUUGUUUAAAGACUUCAUGCUUCCUGCGCAGCACAGGUAAAUUGUGCAGGUUGUACACUCCUUUUGGACUUCUGUUUUUGCCAAUAGACGUGGUCAGUCCGCGAUUUUGAAAAUGCCAAUGUUUGGUAGUAGCGUAGGAGGUUGUUUUCAUGUUUUGAAGGAAGAAAGGGAGAGCCGCAAAGGCUCCCUGCGGCUCCCUUUGGAUACAUUCAACUGGAAUAAGGGCGAGCCGCACAGGCUCCCUGCGGCUCCCCCUUGGAUACGUUCAACUGGAAUCCAUUUAAGCAUCGGGACUACAUCCAAGGAUGAGUCUUGCUUUGCUCCCCCUUUCGAUACUCUUUGAAACCUUACUUUUCAUCGAGAGUGGUUGUAGACUUGUAAUCCAGUAGUAUUUUCUUAUCUUUCGAAAUAAAAGGUUGAUAGUUCAGGUCCUUAGAAAUAAAGUGACUGUGUGAGUUAUUUGUCACGAUAAACAAAACUAUUUGAAUUUAGAAAGAUGUAGCAAUGGGUAAAACUUGGUAAGAUUUUUUUUU